GUUGCUAAGACAGAGAGAGUGUGUCACCGCAUCUCUGUAUUCAACCAUAUUCUCGACCACUAACUGAUCUUGGUGCAGAUUCUCCCUGCUCGACCAAAGUUUUGGGGCUUGGACAACCAGAAUCCUGCUUGGAUCACACUAUCCUCUAUCGGCUUCAUUGUACCAGCUUUCCGACUUGCUUCGCUGCUUCUGUCCAACCCAUCACUUAUCUUACACAAAGCUCCUCCAUUUGCCAGCUGUGCUCCAGCCUCCAGCCCAACAAUGGCUCCAAAACCAAAGAAAAGCAAGAGCUCGCAGCUUUUGCGUUAUCGAUCAGAUUCUGCUCACUCACUUGCACACACUGCGACCACUACUCGCCAGACUCCUCCCUCUACUCAGUUACAGCCUCGUUCAUCGACUCCAGUAAUCAAUGAAGCUAAUCGAUCCAAUCCGCUCUCGAGGCUCUUUCGACGUAACCGAACCAACACUUCACUCAACACCGCUCACCAGCUAGCCGUGGAGGGACCCCCUUCCAAAACCGAGGGCAACUCACCAGGACCGACUCCGGCUCCAGCUCCACCUCCGCCUCUUCCCACUCCCCUUCUGGCGGGAUGCCCAGGCCGCGAGAUCACAGGCGCAAAGACCAACGGCCGCGAAUGGGCUUGCGACUUAGAUGAGCCUCCUGUCUUGGGCUAUUCUGAAGAACUGUCCAAGACUGACUUUGAAGAACACCCGCUGGCCCAUUAUAUGAAGCUGGAAAAGGGAUGGGAGAAACACCAGCUUGCCAUGUACGGCCUCAUUCUGCCAGCCAAGGUCGAGAACGGCACUCCUAUCUAUACUUGGGAAAGCGACUCUGAAGACGAAGAGGACAUGGACAAGGCAUUGGUGGUUUCGAAGGAGAAAGGACAACACGCUAAGCCUUCCGCCCAAGUGGAGCGACUAAGAACGCCCUCGAACAUCCUUCACAAAGUCAAGUCUUUCGCAAACUUCAUUGCCACAUCUGAUGCAGAGAAGGAUGUUCCCGAGCUCCCAACGCUCAAAGAACUUCUCGACCAUUUCGGCUUACCCCCCGGAACCUCAAGCGACACGGCGCCUCGGAGCUUUCUUCGUACGACCCGGUCAAGCAGCUCUCUGCGCUCAAAGACACCCACUAGACCUGUUCCCAAUGCUACUCAGUUACGCAGCAAGCGAAGCACAGGAAUCGAAAGAUCCCAGAUAUCCAAUCCCAUUGCCCCUGAGGAGAUGAGACGGGUUGGAUCUGACUUCAGCCAGGCGGUGGCUCGACGCGGCAGAAACGUUCCGGGAGGCGAGCGAGAUUCACUCUACGCGUCAUCUUUGCGAAGCCCAUCAAACUUGAUCUCCCCGUCACUUUCGACGAGUGUUCCGCUCUAUCUACUUCAGCCUCAACACCCUACCGUCUACUUUGGGCAGAACGAGGCCCCUCCCGAGUUUCGACAUGCCUCGCCUCGUCUAGCUCCCAUGGAGUAUACUCGACAAUACUACAUUGCCAAAGCCAAGGCAGAGGGGGAAGGAGUCGACUGCACCAUCCGCAAGCCUGCCUCUGUCUGGGCUUGGACAGAAGACUUCAAGGAGUUCCUUUUGCUUCCGCAACUUCCCGCAGGUCUUGAGAGAAACUUCUUGCCGGACAAUGGCAAAGACUGCAAGUUUUCCAAGAUGGGUCGGUUUUCCAAGAACAAAGAUGUUGGCAAAAGAAGCUCCUUCGUUCCUCUUCCUUUGAACCUUGGCCCUUCUACUCCACUCAUGCCUGCCCACUUCCACAGCGACUCAUACUCUUUCAUUGGCUCAGACCACAAGCAUCGCUCAUCUAGUGAUGGGUUCUCUCUUGGUCGUACCGCAGCGGCCAGAUAUGAGAGUCUGGUGCAGUCAACAAUGCUGCUGCUGGAUGACCCGUCCGUCCCCCUGGUUGAAGAAGAUAAGGAUUGCUUCGUUGGUGUUUGCCUCAAUACCAACACCACGGGCUACAGGGACGAAAACAAUGUAUCACCCCUCGGUUUUGAGCAUUUACAUGAAAUGCCUUUUGAUGGAAACGUGUCCCCUUUGAGCAGCUCUCCGGCAUCUGCACAGACUGAGGUCUUUGCGCCAAUGGUCACGCGGAGACAGGAGACUCAACAGACUUUGGACGACGCUCUGACACCAGUGGUUGAAGAUGAGACAUUUCUCCAAAGCAUCUCAGAUGAUGCCGCUGAAAUUGCAGACACAUCUUCCAUUUACUCGCAGGAUAGUGCUGUCACAGCAGUUCACCAUCCUUUGACUGGAUGUCGCCCUUCUUCUACGGACUUAAUGUUGCUGGCGCCUACGACCAGUGAGCUUGAGAAUGGAGAGGGUUUGACCCCGCGCCAACCAGAGAACCUUCCUUCCCAUGUCGCUCACUCUCAGGAAAGAGCUUCACGACGCUCACCCGUCCUUGAAGCCAUCUCAUACGUCCCAAGUUCAGAGACUGCCCAGUCUUAUGUCGCUCAUGAGGAAACUCAUGAUAAUGCUGAUCACAGAUACUCGGAAGCUCCAUCCAGUACCAUCAGCAACUUCUCAUCGCAAGCGACUGGAUCUGCUGUGGACCGUCACGAUCGCUACUCGGCUGCUUCUCAUGUGAGUAUAGCCACAUCUGUCUCGACAUCCGCCUCUUUUCGUCUUCCCAUUCAGGGCACUCCGGCCAGCCUGGAAACCGACUAUGCCAAGGCCAGCAGCAAGUAUGCACGCAAUGUGGCCACUGAGGCUUCGGCUCCGGAAGCUUCUUCAAGAAUCUCCAGCAUACGGGCCCAGGAUUCUCUCCCGCUCUCCCGGAGCUCUGUCACCAGAAACCCAUCGUCGCCCCCUCGCAUUCAUUCCUCAGUUACCUCAGCCGAUACUGCCGCGUACUACCGCCAGAAGCGCCUUCCCAAACGACCCGAGCCGGCACAAAAAGACCCUGUCACCGAGGCCAUUGAGUCUUCUCGCAAUUCGGAGCUUCCAUCUCUCCACAUCAGAAGACGCAGGGCUGUCCCGAGCCUUCCUCAAAUUUCGGCAUCUCAGGCAUACCCGAAGCCGCUGAGGCUCAGCACGAUGAAGAGCCCCAGUCCAGCUCCUACGGCGUCAAGCGCCGACCGCGCAGCUUCCGCUGCAAGCACUGGAACGGUCGCUCGGUCAACUUCGAGACUCAUCACGGAUAUCGGAAACGAGUUGAACCGCGAGAUGGAAGAGGUCUUGUCGCCUCGCUCCGCUGCCAUGGCUGACCGCCCGCUGACACCGAAGAAGGAAGUCGACGUUGAGACGCCUACUCGUCGCCCUCGCCAAGUCCAGUCGAUGAAGUCCAUUCCUUUCAAUGCGCCUCCGCUCCCGGCGCCGAACAAGCCACUUCCUUCUAUCCCGAAGCCCAAGACACCGAAGCCCAAGCCGAAGACUGAGGCUCUUGACUCUGCCUUCAUCGACGUGGACUUUGGUCCUGGUCCUGCCAAGUCCUACGUCCCCGCCCGCCCGCCGCCACCCAUUCCGGUCUGGAAGCCGAUUGACACCACUUCGCCGUCUGCUUUCGACACGACUUUCGACCCUUAUGUCACUCGAGCCGACUUCUCUAUCAAGAGAGACCGCACAGUUCGUCCCGCGGCGUCCAUGGCGGCGAUGUCUCCUCGUCCUAGUAAGUUCAUUUACUCACCUUUGGUUGACCAGCGCCAGCAGCGCGUCAUUCAGCCGACAACCUCGGCUUAUGCUCAAGGACCCGCCAACGCCCCUUCCCGAUUCUUGGGUAAGAUGGCGUCGAUGGCCGAGCUCAAGAACGGCAGAAGAGACACGAUCUCGAGCCGUUCUACUGAUAGCGACGACGCCGUGGGAAUGAGAACUUUCCUUAGCGAGGAUAGUGCUGCUUCUUCCGCGUCCUCGUCGACCAGAGACAAGGUCCCAUCGGGCUCGAAGCGGAAGUUCUUGAGUAACUUGUUCAAGAGAAACCGCAAGGACGGCGAGAAUUAA